AUGGAGCUGUGCGUGCGGUCGAUCUGCCGACGGAUGGGCAACUUCCGGAAGUUCCCAUCCUACCUUCCGAGAGAGGUGGUUGAUGCGCUGCUCGGCUCUCUCACGCAGCACCGGGCCCUGAGCAGCUACGCCCUCCGGGCGUUCCGAGACUGCGAGGUGACGUCGUUGGCUCUGGGGGAGUGCCGCGGCGUCCGCAACGGCUGGGUCAGGGAGCUGCUGCAGGCCACGCCGUGCGGUCGGUGCAUCGUGACGCUGGACCUGUCGAGCUGCACCGGGCUCACGGACACGGGUCUUUCCGACCUUCCCGCCCUCAAGAGCCUUGAGUCCGCAAGCCUCCGGCGAUGUAGCGGCCUAGGCACAGAGGCUACCCUCUGCCUCUCCAACUCCCCGGGGCUGGAGACGCUGAGCCUGGCGCACUGCCCGCUCCUUGACGACGCGGCCGUCGGAAACCUGGCGGGGCUGUCGAGGCUCCGGUCGCUUGAGCUGGAAGGGUGUGAGAACAUCUCCGAUGAAGGUCUGCGGCUGGCGUGCCGGCUGCCGUCCCUGACGUGCCUCAACGCCUCGCGGUGCCACGGGCUCACGGUCGACGGGCUGGCCGGCCUGGAGCAGGCGGCGGGCGGGCUGAAGCGGCUCAACCUCGGCUGGUGCGCGGGUCUCGUCCGGGGUUCCGCGGCCGCGGGGGGGCGGGGGGGGGAGGAGAGCGACGACGAAGACGAUGAGGAUGAUGAGGAUGGCGGCGGCGACUCCGAUGAUGAGGGGUUGGGUGGAGGGAGGAGGAGGAGGAGGAGAGGGCGGUGGGUGCUGCCCGUGCUGCCGAAGCUGGAGCGGGUUUGCCUCGCCAGGAGCGGCAUCGGGAACGAAGGGCUAUCCCGCCUCUCCGCAGGCUCUCCGCUGCUGAGAGACCUCGACCUGUGCGGUUGCGUCAGGCUCACGGAGAGUGGCGCGCACACGCUGUCGGCCCUCCAAGACCUAGAGACCCUCGACCUCAGCAACUGCAGAGUCUAUUCCUGUGUGGAGGAGUUGGCGCAGAAGCUCCCGGGGCUGACGGCCCUCAACCUGGAUCGGUGUAACGUUGGGGACACCGGGGUGCGAGCGCUGUCGUCCCUCACCAAGCUGGAGAGGCUGAACCUCGCAGACACUUCCAUCACGGACGCGGGGAUGACCCACCUCGCUCCCCUCACCCGCCUGAGGGACCUGAACCUCUUCUUCUGCCACAUCACGGACGCCGGACUCGGGCCCUUGGCUGCUCUGUCCAACCUCGUGCGGCUUAACCUCGACACGAGGGAUGUCGGCGACGCGGGUAUGGUCCAGCUGACGCGGCUGCGGCUCCUCGAGUCCUUGGACGUGUUCUCGGCCUCCAUCACGGACUUUGGGGUAGCUCACGGCCUCUGCCGGCUGCCUUGCCUGACGACUCUUGAGGUGUGCAGCGGUAGGCUUACCGACCGAGGGCUGUACCACCUGAGCAGGGUCAAGUCCCUGACCCGCCUGAACGUGUCCCAGAACUUCGGGAUCACCGCCGCCGGUGUGAGGCACGUCGGAACCCUCACCCGCCUCCGGUCGCUGAACCUCUCCUCGUGCAACAUCACGCCGUCGUCUCUGAACUCCCUCACAGGUCUCGUGAAUCUGGAGUCUCUGUCGGUGUUCGGGUGCCGGCUGGAAAUGACGGAUCUGGAACUCCUGAGGGAAAAGCUACCAAACCUCCGGGUCGUGCGGGCUGCAUGA